AUGAAGUUCAGCAGCGCUCUCGCUUUCCUGGCUGCGGCCGGAGCCCAGGCUCACUACACUUUCCCCAAGGGCUACUCCACUGGCGCCGUCUCCGGAGAAUAUGAACACAUCCGCAUGACCGAGAACCAUUACAGCCGCGGCCCCGUUGCCGACGUCACCUCGGAAUCCAUGACCUGCUACGAGCUCAACCCCGGCACUGGCGCCGACAAGACUUUGUCCGUCGCGGCCGGGUCCAACUACACGUUUGUCGUUGGCGACAACAUCGGCCAUCCCGGUCCCUUGCACUUUUACAUGGCCAAGGUCCCCGAGGGCAAGACGGCUGCCACUUUUGAUGGCAAGGGCGCCGUUUGGUUCAAGAUUUACCAGGAUGGACCCCUGGGACUGGGAACCGGCGAGCUCACGUGGCCUAGUGCUGGCGCCACCGAGGUCUCCGUCAAGCUCCCCUCCUGCCUUGAGUCAGGCGAGUACCUCCUCCGUGUGGAGCACAUUGCUCUGCACAGCGCCGGCACCGUCGGUGGCGCGCAGCUGUACAUUGCGUGCGCGCAGCUCAACGUGACGGGCGGCACCGGCACCAUCAACACCAGCGGCAAGCUGGUUUCCUUCCCCGGCGCGUACAAUGCCACCGACCCCGGCCUCUUGUUCAACCUCUACUACCCUGUUCCUACCAGCUAUACCAACCCCGGUCCCGCUGUUGCCACUUGC